AUGGCAAAGGAGGAGUCAUCGGGGGGUGAGCUACUGCACCCCAAUAAUUUACCGGAUAUCCCGAAAAAGAAUUCAGGUUCACCGGAAAUGUUAAGAAAUGGCGAGACGUCUCCUAUGACGGCGGCGGGGGGUUGGGUGACCAAGCUUUACACCCGCCGCUGGUUCAUGGUCCUCCUCUUCAGCUCGUAUUCCUUGUGUAAUGCCUUCCAGUGGAUCCAGUACGGCAUCAUCAGUAAUAUCUUCAUUAAGUACUAUGGGGUCAGCAGCCUGGCCAUCGAUUGGCUCUCCAUGUCCUACAUGUUGGCGUACAUUCCGCUCAUCUUCCCUGUCGCCUGGCUGCUAGAGACACGCGGUCUGCGCAUCAUCGCCCUCAUUGGCUCUGGCCUGAACUGUCUGGGCGCUUGGAUUAAGACGGGCAGCGCCCAACCGAACCUGUUUGGCGUGACGCUGUUUGGACAGCUGGUGUGCGCAGUGGCUCAGGUGUUUAUCCUGGGAAUGCCGUCUCACAUUGCCUCUGUGUGGUUCAGCUCAUCGGAGGUCUCCACCGCCUGCUCAAUUGGGGUGUUCGGUAACCAGUUAGGUAUUGCAGUGGGCUUCCUCCUGCCGCCAGUCCUGGUCCCCAACACUGAAGACAUGAGCCAGCUGUCAUAUCACAUCAGCAUCAUGUUUUAUGGAACUGCAGCUGUCGCCAGCCUCCUCUUCGUCCUGGUAAUAUUCGUCUUCCAGGAGGCUCCCCCUCUACCACCCACCCUGGCACAGGCUGCCCUACUCUCUGUUCCCCCCAGUCAGUACUCCUACAAACAGUCCAUAUUGCGGUUGCUGAGGAACAAAAACUUCAUCCUGCUGGUUGUGUCAUACGGGCUGAACACGGGGUGCAUUUUACUCCCUGUCUACCUUACUGAACCGCAUGGUGACAGAACAUUACCCGGGGGAGGAGGUAAACGCUGGCCGGAUCGGACUGACAAUCACCGUCGCUGGGAUGUGCGGUGCUCUUAUCACUGGGCUCUGGCUGGACAGAACCAAGACAUACAAACAGACAACGCUGGCUGUCUAUAUCCUAUCGUUGGUUGGAAUGGUGGUCUUCACAUUUAUACUGGAUCUCAAAUUCCUCUGGGCGGUCUUCAUCACGGCUGGAUGUCUGGGGUUCUUUAUGACGGGUUAUCUCCCUCUGGGCUUUGAGUUUGCAGCAGAACUGACUCAUCCGGAAUCAGAAGGAACAUCCUCAGGUCUGCUCAAUGUGUCUGCACAGGUGUUUGGACUGAUCUUCACAACAGCUCAAGGGCAGAUUUUGGAGAAAUUUAAUGUUCUGGCUGGAAACCUCCUUCUGUGCAGCUUCCUGCUGGCUGGUGCAAUUAUCACAGGGUUUAUUAAGGCAGACCUCCGCAGACAGAGAGCCAAUCGGGAGGCACUGCUUGCACCUCUGCAAGAAAGCUCCAUUGUGGAACUACGGUAUGGUGCGGUAUGUGACCGCUCACUGCAAGGCACCCGUACAGCAACAUUUGGAGGUGGUGAUGACUGUGACAACAGCAGAAAGCAGUGA